GCCAACCCGUCGUAGGCAGCGGCCGUCGUCUGCGCCGGUGAGCGCUUCUUUUUGUUAAAAUCUGAGUCGCAGUCAUGUCCAGGUUCUUCGCUGCCAUGACCGUAGUCUCUGCUGCUGGUUACCAAGGUUUCAAUUCGGCGCUGGACCUGGGUUUCGUGCCGCUCCCGCCGGGGAAAUACGCCAGCACGGACCGCCACCGGUGGAGGAACGCAACCACGUCGUGUUUCAGCGCUUUCGUUCUGUCCGUCCUUGCUGUGUAUUGUCUGUUCACCAAGCCCAAACUCUUGCUAUAUAGCCAUACAUACUAUGCAAGCACUGCCGAAGCCAGUCUGGCUAUUGCAACCGGGUAUUUCUUGUACGACACGUGGGACAUUCUGAUCCACUCUGGCGUAUAUAAGAAGUGGGGCGUUCUUCUGCAUCACGUUCUUGUAGCUUUGUCAUACUACGUGAUGGCAACGUACCGGGCAGAAAUGGGCUUGGGAAUAAUAUCGCUGCUGCCCGAAAUCAGCGCCGUGUUCCUGCACUCUCGGCAGGUUUUGCUGAUCUACGGGUUCUCCAAAGACUCCUCCCUCUACCGCGUGCACCGUGUCCUCAACAUCGCGACGGCCAUCACAUGUCGCCUGGCGCCCAUAGUGUUCAACUGCUACCUGGCGGCAACCGGCGUCCACCCGGAGAUGCCGCGGGCGUUGGCGUUCCUGGCUCCCUUGAUCCCACCGGUGAUCUUGGCCAUCAACAGCACGAUGAUCUGGCGACUACUUCACAGUGACUUCCUGAGCACUAAGAUCGAAAAAGUUGACUUCAUCAUGGAGAACUGACGACAGAUCGUAGCCUCCGUGAGACCCUCUAAAAAGCAUGGAAUCCUCCAUUCUUCUAAGAUUUGUUCAUAGGGUCAACUGCCCGAAACUCGUCUUACUUCGUGGCAAAUCCUACGAUUGGAGACGGGACCACUACUAAUAACGUCUGCAGAGUCGUUACGUUUGCGAACGAGCAAAAUGCAGUUCCCACCAAAGGAGCCGCCAUUGCUAAGUAGUUGCGCCCCCUCUUUGAUACAUUUAGGCCUCACAGAAACCCCCCCCCCGUGCAUUCAAAGACAGUCUAAGUUUCACAAUAUUAUUAAAUCCCAUAAUCGUGUUGUAAGUCCCAGAUUGCACAAUCCCUUCAUUGGCAUGUAGCCGACUUGGCAGAAACCACAGCUGUGGCCCACUUGUGAACAAAGUAGACUUUUUAAAGUUUCUCCCUAUUUCGGGUGGAAAUAUUUUAUCUCACACUAUACAUGUACAUGUCGUCAGGGGAUUUUCCUUGAAUUGGGACAGUGCACCCAUGGACCGGAGCUGCUCUGUGAUCCUUCCACAGUGUCUUUCCAUGGUGGGUGGGAGUGCGUGCGGCCAGGCACCAUGCGAUGCCAUUGCCAAGAGACAUGCAUAAUUCAUGUUUCGCAGUGACGCCAGAUGACCCAAGGAGCCAAUUAAUAGUGACGUAAGUGUAAAUCAUCAUAAGUACAAGUGCCCCUCCGGAUGUGAAACUUUCUGAACAGAAGUAACAGAACGCGUUCGAGUGAAUCGAAUGUAUUUUAAAGGCGGAUGAAAUAAGAUGUGUGAUGAAAUGCAUGUGCCAGUUCGAAACCUAUGUUUUAUGUCGGGGAAAAUGAGUUCGAACGACGGGGAUGGUUUGUUCGUAAAACUUCAUUCGGUUUGGAAAUGUACAUUCGACGUUUAACAACACCUUUUUAAUGUAUCAGAUUUAAAAACAUUUAAAAGACUUCUGUGAGCCUACCUGCAACUCAAGUCAUGUCUAAUUUGGGGUAUACAGCAGAUU